AUGUCACCAUCGCUACCAUCAUUAGAACAACUAUACCUAGGCCUGGACCUCUCCACCCAGCAGCUAAAAUGCCUAGCGGUCACGGGUUCGUUGUCGGUGACGCACGAGGAGAUAGUAACCUUCGACAGCGACCUCCCGCACUAUGGCACGAAGAAGGGCGUGCACAUGGAUUCCGCGCUGAAUGAGGUUACCGCUCCGGUGGCAAUGUGGAUCGAGGCGCUGGAUUUAACGCUUAGCAGGAUGAAGAGGGCCGGGUUCGAAUUUGAGAGGGUGAGGGGGGUGAGUGGUGCAGGGCAGCAGCACGGGAGUGUUUUUUGGAGUGAGGAGGCGGAGGGAGUGCUGGGUGAGCUGGAUGCCAAGAGGGGGCUCGUGGAGCAAUUGGUAGGGGAGGGGGAGGGGAGGGAGGGAGUGUUUACUUGGGACAGGUCGCCGAAUUGGCAGGAUCAUAGUACGCAGGCUCAGUGCGAUGCGUUUGAGCAAUGUGUGGGGGGUGAGGAGAUAUUGGCGGGGAUUACAGGAUCGAAGGCUCAUCACGUAUGUACCCCCAAUAUCUGGAGGAGUCGACUGACCGGGUGUGCGGUGUAGCGAUUCACGGGUCCGCAGAUCUUGCGCUUUUAUCAACGGUUUCCGGGAAGGUAUGAAAGGACGAGCAGGAUUUCUCUUGUCUCGAGCUUCCUUUGCAGUUUGUUUCUUGGGAGGAUCGCGCCGAUCGAUGUAAGUGAUGUGUGUGGUAUGAACCUCUGGGAUAUGAGGAGCAAUUCAUGGUCUGGGGAGCUGCUUAAUCUGUCUGCGCCGGAUUUGAGAUCGAGGCUUGGGGAGGUGGAGAUGCAACCGGGUAAGCAUUUGGGUCCGGUUUCGGGAUACUUUGUUGAGCGGUUUGGAUUCCGUGAAGGUGAACUAUUUCCCGAGUGAUAUUUUAUGAUGACCUUGUGGUGACGAGGGAAUGGCAGAAUGCGUAAUAACACCGUUUACCGGCGAUAACCCAUCUACAAUCCUUGCACUGCCACUACGCCCACUAGACGCAAUCGUCUCCUUGGGAACCUCUACUACACUACUCAUGGCGACACCAACCUAUGUCCCAAGCCCAAGCUAUCAUCUCUUCAACCACCCGACGGACAGAGAGCUGUACAUGUUUAUGCUCUGCUACUGCAACGGUGCCCUCGCGCGGGAGAGGAUUCGAGACGAGAUCACUUCCACCUCCACCCCUACCUCCGACCCGUGGGGAGAAUUCAACGAAAAAGCCCUCUCAACCCCACCCCUGGGCAAACGCUUGAAAACCGACGACGCAAAACUCGGAAUCUACUUCCCUGUCCCUGAAAUCGUCCCCAACGUCGGUGCAGGAACGUGGCGCUACCGAAUCUCCCCAACCGGCGACCUCAAGAAAGUUGAAACCUUCGACUCGGGCAUUGAAGCCCGUGCGAUCAUAGAAAGCCAGGCACUAUCGAUGCGCCUCCGUGCGAACCCCCUCCUGUCGACCUCAACGCCGGCCCAGCCGCGAAGGGUCUACUUGGUUGGCGGUGGCAGCAAGAACCCUGCCAUAGCCGAGGUCCUCGGGCAGGUGCUUGGCGGCAAGGAGGGCGUGUACAGGCUCGACGUGGGCGGGAAUGCGUGCGCUUUGGGCGCGGCGUAUUACGCUGCUUGGGCCGUUGAGGGGAGGAAAAGAGAUGGAGAGGAGGAGGGAUUUGGGGACUUUGUGGCGGAGAGGUGGGAGGAAGGGGGACGGAUUGUUAAGGUUGGGGAGGGGUAUGAGGAGGGGGUAUGGGAGGGGUAUGGGGAUGUGCUGGACGCUUUUGAGGAGGUUGAGAGGAGGAUCGGGAGGGAGGAG